CCGUAAAUUUCAAAUUUUGGAUUACCCUAAAUCAAAUCUCUCUGCCAAAAUUCAUUUCGCCUAAAAUACAAAUCUAAAAGUUAUCCCAAUUCCAUUUCAAUUUUUGAAACUGUAGUAACCAAAUUGUCCAAUCUCGGCUGCACACAGCCGCACUCUUCCAUCUUUUGCCGCCAUCCACUCAUCUGCAACGUCCCGCACCGCAGCCGCACUUUUCCAUCUUCGUUGCCAUCCACUCACCUGCAACGUCCCGCACCACAGCCGCACUCUUCCAUUUUCGCCGCCGUCCACUCAUCUGCAGCAUCCACCACGAAACUUAAGGGUUAUUUGUGAUCUUUAUCAAAACAUUCGUCUCUUAAACGCAUUUGCAAUUGCAUUUUGCAUUGUCCUUACUUUAAAGAAACCUUAACAAAACCCGCAAAAACACCCUUCAUACAUGGCUUUCAGAUCCCCAUUUCGUUCGUCUUCAAUCUCUCAAAACCCGUCUCUGAAAGUUAAUGUUUUAUGUUUGUUAACUCACUUACACAGCCUCACAACUUCAAGCUCCAAAAAUGAAGUUUUGUAUUCUUUCAAAAAACCCCUUGAACGAUCCUCACUUGCUAAAUUCCUCAAAGAAAAUUGUCGAUCAGGUAACUUUACUGUGAAUGAAGCAUUCUACUUUUUUCAUUACAUGAUUAAUUCGCAACCCAUUUCUCCAAUUUCCUCAUUCACUACUUUGUUUAGUGCACUUGCAAAGAAGAAGCAUUAUUAUGAAGUGGUUUCGCUUUAUAAGUGGAUGAAAGCAACUGGGCUGUCUCCAGAUUUAACGUCUUUGACCGUUUUGAUCAAUUGCUUGUGUAAUGUUAAAAGGGUUUGUGAUAGUUUUGCCGUUUUGGGGGAGAUUUUGAAGAAGGGUUUCAGCCUAGAUGCUGUGACUUUUAAUUGUUUGAUCAAAGGUCUGUGUGUAGAGAGAAAGAUUACGGAGUCUAUGGAAUUGUUUAAAAAAAUGGUUGCUGUUGGUUGUAGGCCUACCUUGAUUACUUAUGGGACUUUGAUUGAUGGAUUGGUUAAAACAGGGAAGAUAAAUGUUGCUGUUAAGUUACAUGAAGAAAUUGCUAAGGGGAACAAAAAAUCUGGUGUUAUUUGUAGGCAAGAGGUUGUUACUUAUAAUAGUAUAAUUGAUGGUCUUUGUAAGGCUGGAUUGGUUGAGAAGGCUAGACAAUUAUUUUUGGAACCUAUGAUUCAAAGAGGUGUGGUUCCUGAUAUUUAUACUUGGAACAUUUUAAUGAAUGGUUAUUGCUUGUUAGAUAGAAUUGCUGAUGCAAGGGAGUUGUUUGAUUUCAUAACCAGAAAGGGGUAUAGACGUGAUGUUGUUUGCUACAAUACUUUAAUCAAUUGGUAUUGUAAGAAUAAAGAAGUCAAUGAAGCUCUUAGUCUUUAUCAAGAGAUGAUUUCAGAAGGGAUUAGGCCAACAACUAUUACAUAUAACACUUUGUUAACUGGCCUUUUUCUUAAAGCUAAUGUCAAAGAUGCUCAGAAUUUAGUUGGUGAGAUGCGAGUUAAUGGUGUUUUACCUGAUUCUUGGACAUACAGCAUUUUCAUUGAUGGACUUUGCAAGAAUGGAUGUGUUUUGGAAGCAGUGGAAUUGUUUAAUACUCUAGUAAAUAAUAAGUUUGCAGUAAGCAUUGAAGGUUUGAGUUCCCUCAUUGAUGGAUUAUGCAGAACAGGGAGAUUUGGAGCUGCAUGGGACAUAUUUCAGAAAUUUUCUCUUCAUGAAAACAUAGUGCCAAAUGUUGUAACAUAUACCAUUUUGAUCAAUGGGCUGUGUAAAAAGGGACAACUAGAAAAGGCAAAUGAGUUGUUGUCAUACAUGGAGGAAAAAGGUUGUACUCCAAAUGUAGUCACGUUUAAUACGCUUAUCUUUGGUUUCCUCAAGAAUAAUAAGAUACCAAAAGUUGUUGAACUCCUUCAUAAGAUGGUGGAGAGAAAUGUGAAGCCGACUGAAUGUACAAAGUCCUUAGUCAUGCAGUUACUAAUGAAGGCCAAAAAUUAUCGUGAAUGUUUGAACCAGCUUCCUCAAUUUCCAGUCUAAAAGCAAAAUUAAAGUUUAUGUGAUAAAAUUUUAGUGAGUAUUAAACUUUUUUCAGAGCAGAAUCCUGCAAAAGUUCAUCCAGCUGCCCAAAUGCUCUAUUUUGGUUGCGGUAAGAAGAAGGUUCAGUAAACACUUUCAUCUGUUUGAAUUUGAUAGGGAUGGUUAUAGGGAUGAUUGAGAAGAUUGCUUCGCUGAUCAGACAUACGAUACGUGAUCUGUCUCUGUUUUAAGUGCAUAUAGUGGAGGUAGCAGCAUUGUAGGCUGCGUCAGUAUUUGCACAUGAAGUAGGCCUUAAAAGGUUUGAGGAUUAUUUGUGGUGCAAAUUUUCAGUAAGCAAAAGUUGUAUUUGAGAAAUCGUGGAAUGAUUCUUACUUCAAGUACAACAAUAAUGGUAGCCGCUCAAGUUCAUCUAAUCAAGCUGAUCAGUUUUACUGGAUGAUGGUGUGUCUCUAACGUAGUUAUGCACGAGCAUGUGCUCGUUCAAUGAUAGUUGAUGAAGACAAAGCAAGAAUAGCAUUAGAGAAGGUUUUUAACUAUACUGUCUUAGAGAAUAUGGAUGCACAGCAGGGGCCAGUCAAUGGGAUCUACCUGUUGGAAUGGUUGAGAUGACAACAUUGCAGUUGAGAGAAAUAUGGUCUGGUGUUACAUAUGCAGCUGUUAUAACGAUGAUCCAUGGAGAUUUGGUCAAUAUGGGAUUUCAAAUUGCCAUUAAAAUCUAUGAAGCAGCAUGGUCUGAAAAUGGACUCGUGUAAGAUCACCCUAAAGUUAUCAAACAGUGUUAUCUUAUAGCUUAGUUAUAGGCUGUUAACUAAGCUAUGAGUUUGUGUUUUCUAGAUCUAAAUCUGUCUCAAAUCUGUAUAGAUUUUAUUGCAGCAUCUGUUUUGUCAGUUCAUUUAAUUUUUUUGAGGGUUUGUAUUUUAGGGAAAAUGAAUUUGGUUUAGGAUUUGAUUUAGGAAAAGUGAAAUUUGAAAUUUAAGGUUAGGGAUUUUUUUGGAAGUGAUGUGGCGGUAUGGGUGAUGUGGCAGAUGUGAUGGCCUAUGCCACGUCAUGAUGUGUGAGAGUGAUGUAAGCUUUAAUUUAAACAGCCUGAAUUUUGGUAGUAUUUUGAUUCAAUAAUACUAGUCUUACAACCCCCUUCUCACAAAGCUUUGAUGGUGGCCACCACUCACAGGAGUCCACCACCACGAAUCCUGAUCUUAGUUGCUUGACAGCUGAGCCACAAAGCUUUGAUGGUGGCCAGCAUGAGCGGGACUCGACCACCAUGAAUCCUGGUCUCAGUCGCACGACAGCUGAGCCACAAAGCUUCGUCGGCAGCCACCACGAGCAAGAGUCCACCACUACAAAUCCCGGUCACAGUCGCAUGACAGCCAAGCCACAAAGCUUCGGCGGUUAUAUCCUUGGCAUUUUCCUCCUCCAACAAUCUUCUCCUCUUGGCCUCAUCCUCUCUAUGGAUAGCUUUGUUUUGCCACCUUUUCAGUCUACUAUUUUGAAGGAUUAUGAUAUCAUUGGG